AUAAUGAAUUCUUUAUUACACUUGGAGACUUGUAUCAAUGGCCUAUUUUAUACUUCUCAAGAAAAUUUCUCACACCCGAAUACACGAAGUUAGUGUCAGUUGCGACAACUGGCACUAGGUGGCGGAAGUAGUGUUUGUCCGGCUUCACCAAGUCACCAAAACCGGAGUCUUUACGAAACCCCUCCCACCUACUUUGCAUACGCCAAAGAAAAGAAACCAGGCUAAACUUUCUGGGAUACGCAACUUGUAUCACCCACCAAUUAUAGAAGAAAAACUUAUUUUAAUAUUCCUGUUUUAUAUUACUGUAGUAAUUUAUUUUGUUAUAGUUACUGCGUGUUUUAACUUGAUUUCAUCAUGGACUGGAAUACCAAUAACCGGUCAACAGUUUCUACCCAGGGUCUUCCACCGUUCCCUCGAUGUUUCAGCAGACUUGUAGAUACAGAUGCCAUGAAUAAUAACAAUGUAACUAGUUACCAGCAAGAAAGUGAAAGAAUUCCCAGAGAGAAGCUUGAAAACUUAUGUAAAGAAAAAAUACUUUCACACUUUGAUGUUUCACCAGAAGACAAUGAUAUGGAUCAAAAACAGUGGAGGAAUUCCUCACUUUGUAAAUUGAAUCUAGCUUUGGUACGCUUGCGUUCAGAAAUGGCUUGUCUUCGCCAUUUGGAUUUGAACCUUUUAUGUCAACUUUGGAGCUUGAGUGAUGCUAUACAGGACUAUAAAUUUACUCUUCAAGACAGGCAUUCAGAAAGUAACUCUGAAUGUUCAUCAAAUUUCUGUUGGACUGAUUCUUUUGCAAGCUUUGAUGACUUUGAUUCUACAGAUGACCAUUUAGCUGACACAUGCUCUAUUGGAAGAAGUGACUCUUUCUGUGGCAGCACUUCCAGUCUUUGGCAACAAAUCAACGAACUAAAAGAAAAAGCUGAAACUGAUUUUACAAUUGGAGUAUAAACAUAUUGGAAAAAAGAUCUUUUUUUAUAAAAGUAGUAUAACUGACAGAAAAAAAAAACAUAAGUAUUUUUUAAAUACCACAACAAAUUAUUGAAAAUAGGUUUAUUAUUAAAAUAUAUUUUCAUAGUA